AUGUUCAACACUACCAAGCAAGAGCUGCAUUUUCUAAAGACUGAGGCUGACGAAAUUACACAGAAAUACAGCUCAGACCUUCACCAUGGCCCAUGCUGAUGUGGACCUGAGCAUUGAUACGAUGGAGGAGCUGCCGCUGAGGAGCGGGGUGAGGAAGAGAGAGACGGAGAUCACCAAACAGUAUCAGGCCACCGACCUCCUCCCAAACACCAAGCCUCCGCUCCACGACCUGCUUCAAAAACAACCAGCCGUCUUUGGAUCUCUGCAGGUGGUGAGUGGUAUUCUGAGUGUUGGAGUAGGAAUCCUCUUUGCUGUGACACAGCACAUCGGCAGUUCAUUCUGCUCUUUGUUCAGAGUUUCUCAACUGACUGGAACUCUUUUCAUAAUUGCUGGCCUUGUUUCAAAUAUGUUGUUCAAAUACCCUGAGUUACUUCUGAUUUCCCUUAUGGUCAACUGUGGCUGCCUGUUAGUUGCUGUUGUUGCAGCAUCUUUGAUUAUUGUAGAUUUAAGCUUCUCUAAGUUGGCAGAUGAAGAAUAUUUCAAGGCACAAGAUUAUAACAAUUAUACUCAAAAUCAACUAAAAGAUUUGUCAUUAAAAUAUAUUUGUAUUUUUCCAGAUGGAGGUAUUUGAGCUGUGCAUUGUGGGGCUCGGGUCUUGCCUCUCAGUCAUCCUGUGCAUCUUGUUUGUCAAAGAAAAGCGAAGAGUUACACCAUGAAUUUGUUCAUUUGUUUAUCUUAUCUAUAAUAUUUUUUGCAUAAGGUGUUUUUGUUCUUUUGCCUACAUUACAUGACUACACAGCCACUGUCAGCAUAACAACUGAACUACUAUACAUACAUAUUAGAACCAGAUAUACCUGCAUUUGUAACCCCACAAUUAUAAAAUAAAGAUACUAGUAGCUGUAAUACCACAAAGUAGUGUUAGUAGUGCCGUGCAAUAUAUACUGGGUACAUGUACAUCAUGAACAGUAAAAAUUCCUUUUAAUCCUCUUUCCAUCUUUGACAUUUUCUUUCAUUUUUGUCCUUGCUGCAUUGGUUUGCAUUUUCUUUGGCACAAUUUUAACUGUCAACAUCUACAAGGUGUGAACGAUGAGAAAGAACUUGGAUUACUCUGAUCAGAUUAACCUGUACUUUCCAGAAAUCAGAUUUUUGGUGUGCAUAUAAACAUAACCAGUCUCAUAUCUUAAAUAUAUGAAAACAGUUUGAAUAUGUUAUUGGUCAUAUGUCUUUUAUUUAAUAUAUUGUUGUGCAGUUUCAGUUCUGUUUCCUCAGCUCUGUUGCCUGCAUUAAUAGUUAGCCUAUGUGGCUUUUUGUCUGAGAGCAUAAAGCAUGUGGUGAGAAAUGUCAAUUCCUACAAUGUGAAGGUAAAAACCACAGGGCCCCUGUGCUCAUCUCACAGAGCGUGGUGUGUUGCUUGGUGUGAGUUUGUGGUUUUAGACUUCUGCUUCUACCUGGCAGCAUUAUCAUGUCAAAAUAUCUGUCUAUCCUGCUAACACGCAUAAUGCUUUAUAUUCUUUUGAUGCAAUUGUUGUUCACUGAUAUAGUAAGUAUAUAGUAAGUGUACAUGAGCAAAGUAUGGAAAGCUCUACUUACAGAAGAAGUGAGAAAAAUGAAUUGAAACCAAUCACCAGUUCAACAAAUUAUACCUUAGCAAAAUCAACCUAAACCUGUCAAAACUAGACAA